UGAAGCGAUCUCGCCGAGAGGACGUUGUCGUCGUCAUCAGACCCAGGGUAACAUGUCUGCCAUAUGUGUACCUAGCAAGAGGAAAAUGCCAAGACCAAAACUAAACCCCCCAAAACCAGAUUUCAUAAAGGAUUUGGGAAAAGAGGCUGAAGGUAGUGGAAUGAAACCAUCCAAAAAUGAGGGGACAAGCUCUCAGAAAAUAAAGAGAACUUACUCCAGAAAAAAGUAUCAUGAUCUCCAGCCUGUGAUUAUGAGACCUUCAGAGGAUUCAGGCCAUGGGUCAUCUUCCAGUUCCGUUAUCGCAUCCAGUCUAAUCAAUGGUUUGGAAAGCCAACAUAUGCACACUGACCACACCAGCAGAAUGAUGGGGGAAAUUGAUGGAUCCAGUUCAGAUACUUUAAUAGAAACAGAUUUUAAAUCGAAGAAGCAGAAGAUUGAAGCUCACACACCCUCCUUAAAAAAGUACAUUGAGGAAGUAAAGCAAACAGUACCUGUUAUAGUUCCUGUUGCUCAGUUCACUCACAAGAAUCAGAUAACUGUCAGCACGCAGGAGCAGAAAUCAUCUCAGUGCACCAAGAAAGAGUCGCCUGUUUAUCCACCAGGAAGUCAGGAGGAGAAAUGGCAGCUGCAGAUUUUGGCGAAGGGUAGAGUGACCUGCCCAAAAUGCAAAAGUGUUGGAAGAAAGACAGUGGAUGGGUUAAAGAAGCACCUGGAAACCUGCAAACUGAAUCCUUUUACAUGUCCACACUGUGAGAAACAACUGAAAACUUCAACCGGAAUGAAGUACCACCUCAUGGCUGACCACAACAACUUGCCCAUUCCAGAUACUGGGAAUGACCUAGUUGACCAAGCAGUGAAGGAGAAACUACGGAAAGUACUAAAGAGGAUGGGGAAAUUAAAAUGUUCAAAAGAGGGUUGCACUGGAAGUUUUACUAGUAUAAUGGGUUACGUGUAUCAUAUGAAGAAAUGUGGCAAAGAGGCGUCAGAACUGGAGAAACUGUUAAUGAACUGUAAGCACUGUGGAAAAGCGUAUCGUUCUAGAGCGGGUCUGGAGUACCACCUCAAGAACGAGCACGGUCCGGUGGACCAAGAAAUUGAAGUAGAGGAAGUAAAGACACAGAAAGAGCCCGUCCCAGAGCGUACACCGAGCGGACGGGCCAAACGCUUGUCGGCGCAGGUGGCCGUGUUCCACCUGAGGGAGAUCGCCAGUGAGGAGCUGCUGAAGGAAUGGCCCAAAAGGAAAGUCCAGCGUGACCUGGUACCAGACGACAGGAAGCUGAAGUAUUCUCGUCCAGGGUUGCCUGCCUUCAGCCAGGAGACUCUUCGGAAGUGGAAGAAUGAAGUCAAACUGCAUAAAAAAGUGCAGUGUCCCAACAAGGGAUGUGGCUGCUUCUAUACCAGCGUAUCUGGUCUAAAGGCUCAUCUUGGGUUGUGUACCUUGGGUGAAUUUGAGACUGGGAAGUAUAAAUGCUUGAUAUGUAAGAAAGAAUUCAACUCUGAAAGCGGAGUCAAGUACCACAUCAAUUCCAUUCAUUCUCAGGACUGGUUUGUUGUUCGCUCCAAGUCUAAGAGUUCAAAGUUAGAUAAACUGCAUAAGACUCAGCUGAAGGAAGAUUCCAUGAAGCCUCCAGACCUUCCCUCACCAGAUCCAGCCCUCAGUUUUCCCCAGGUAUCCAACACCUGGCAGGACAGACAGACGUCAGCGAUGCCCAUGUCAAGUGGAACAGCAAUCCCUGGAAGAGUGGAAAUAAAGAGGAAGGAGGGGCGAAACAGACGGAAGGAGAAAGAAAGCGGACAGGAGAAAGACUGCUAUGAGUUCAGCGGCAGUGACAGUCCGAGCGGCAGCAGCAGCAGCGAGAGCUCCAGCAGCGAGUCAGAGGCAGGGGACCAAUGGGCCCUCAGAAGGCCCCUCACAAAGCCUGCGUCCAGCCAGAGACCUGGAGUUCAUUCAUAAAUCAUUCCUGCUCCUUUUACAAAAUGAAAUUUCUCCUGUGUUUACCUCCAAAGAAUAAAGAGAUACACUACCGUUCAAAAGUUUGGGGUCGGUAAGAUUUUUUUAAAUGUUUUUAGAAUGAAUCGUCUCUUAUCAAUUGCUCACCAAGCCUGUAUUUAUUUGAUCAAAAAUGCAGUAAAAUAAAAUAAUAAUAUUGUGAAAUAUUAUUACAAUUUAAAAUAACUGUUUUCUAUUUAAUAUAUUUUAAAAUGUAAUUUAUUCCUGUGAUGGCAAAGCUGAAUUUUAAGCAUCA